CCUCAAGACCUCGUACAUGAUAUCACUGUGCCUCCGCCUGUGCCUGUGCUUGACCAUAUAUUAUCAGACAUAUAUUAGUAGUUUGUUAUUUUGACCUACACAACCGUAUAUCCAAGAAGAACAUAGUAUCACCUCCCCAUGUCUUCCCAACCACUUCUUGCUCGCUACCGACAGCUCGCCCCCUCGGCGUCUGUCAGAGUCUCCCCUCUAUGCCUAGGUGCCAUGACCUUCGGCACGGCGGCAAAAGAGCGCUACGGAGAAUGCAGCAAGGAUGCCGCCUUUGAGAUCCUCGACUAUUUCGUCAGUCAGGGCGGGAACUUCAUCGACACCGCUAACACAUACCGAGAAGAGCAAUCCGAGAUCUGGCUAGGCGAAUGGCUUGCCUCCAGGCAAAACAGGGACCAGAUGGUAAUUGCAACCAAAUACACCACCGGCUGGCAAGGUCAUCACAAGGACAAAAUCCAAGCCAAUUAUGGUGGGAACGGAACCAAGUCAAUGCGUAUCUCGAUCGAAGCGUCCCUACGCAAACUCCAGACAACCUAUAUCGACUUGUUCUACGUGCACUGGUGGGACUACACUAUUUCGAUCCCGGAGUUGAUGCACGGCCUAAAUGACCUUGUUGUCUCUGGGAAGGUCUUAUACCUGGGUAUCUCUGAUACACCCGCUUGGGUGGUCGCGAAAGCCAACCAGUACGCUCGUGACCACGGCCUGCGACAGUUCACCGUGUAUCAGGGGAUGUGGAAUGCAGCGAUGCGUGAUUUUGAGCGAGACAUCAUACCUAUGUGCCGCGAUGAAGGAAUGGGCUUGUGUCCCUUUGGGGUGCUGAACCAAGGUCGCUUCCAAACUGAAGAGGGAUUCAAAGAACGCGAGAAGAGGACCGACUGUCGGAAUUUCGUCCCUCUGUCUGAGCACGAUAAGAAGGUUUCCCGCGUACUUGAAACUGUUGCUAAUGCGAAAGGAGUAGAGCUUCUGCAAGUCGCCCUGGCUUAUGUUUUACAGAAAACGCCCUAUGUGUUUCCCAUCGUCGGUGCUAGGAAAGUUGAGCAAAUCAAAGGAGUGAUGCCGGCCGUUGGGAUGACGUUGACAACUGAGGAGAUUGAGAAGAUCGAGUCGGCGUAUACGUUUGACCCUGGGUUCCCGCAUACUUUUCUCAGCGGGACGCUGAUAGGGGUCGCUGGGGAUGGCGCCCCUCGAGGCGCUUAUGGCCCAGGUGAUAUGUGGUUGACCAAAUCAUUGGGAACUUUUGACUGGGUAGGGUAUCCGGAGGCAAUUGCGCCAGCUGAGAGAAAGUAGCGGUCGACUGCUCGACUAUCUUGCAUAAUAGUGUCCAUCUAGAUAUGUCUAGUGGCUAGUUGUAAUGGCUGACUACCUUUAUUAUGUAAAUAUGUUCUCGAUAUAUCUCAAAAGAUUCAUAUUUACCCAAGUCACCUGAUUUGUGUACUCUUGACC